AAAAACCCAAUCUCACACGUUAUCAGGCGAUGUUACCCUAGCCUCAAGAUGCCCCUGCUCUUUGAUCGGUGUUCAUUUAAUGAACCACCACUUAUAGUUACAAAACAUAAAACUUUUUUAUACCCUUUCCCGAUAUAGAUUCUACACCGCCCUUCCUCUCCCUUUUCUUUAUCAUCUUCUUCUUCUCCUCUUCCUCUGUUGAACUUGAAGAUAGUCUAUUUGUACUAGCUCUUAGCAUAUAGCUAGCUGCUGCUGUUCUACCUCUUCUAAUCUUAUUCUUAAUUUUCCCUACUGCACCUUUUCUUUUUCUUUUUUUGAGAUUUUCAAGGGAAAAGAAAAUGGGUCGUGGCAAGAUCGAGAUCAAGAGGAUUGAAAACGCUACAAACAGACAAGUGACCUAUUCCAAGAGAAGAAAUGGUAUUUUCAAGAAAGCCCAAGAGCUCACUGUUCUAUGUGAUGCUAAGGUUUCACUCAUCAUGUUCUCCAGCACUGGGAAAUUCCAUGAGUUCAUCAGCCCUAAUAUCUCGACGAAGGCGUUUUUUGAUCUUUAUCAAAAGACUACAGGCACCGAUCUCUGGAUCUCCCACUACGAGAAAAUGCAAGAAAACUACAGAAGGCUGAAGGAGAUCAACAAGAAGUUAAGAAGAGAGAUCAGGCAGAGGAUGGGUGGAGAUCUGGAUGAUCUUAACAUUAAGGAAUUGCAGGCUCUUGAGACUAAGAUGGAUUCUUCCUUGGUGGCUAUACGUGACAGAAAGUACCAUGUCAUUAAAACGCAAACCGACACACACAGAAAGAAGGUUAGGAACUUGGAGGAAAGACAUGCAAAUCUUGUCUUCGACUUGGAGACAAAGCUUGACCAACAGGAUGGAAUAGUUGAAAGUGAAGGAUACUAUAAUGAAGCAGCAAAUGGAGCCUCUAACUUACAUGCUCUUCGCCUGUAUCAAAUCCACCACCCUAAUCUUGUUCUUCACCAUGGAGGACGAUUUGGUUCCAAUGAUCUUCGUCUUGCUUGAUUAUUAUUGGUGGUUUUCGAGGACACACUGCCUCCUGUUUCUGAUCACGACUAUUCUCUAUAAUAUGUUAAUUCUCUUAUCUAUCUAUUUAUUUAAUAAAUAAUUUUAAUUCUCAUUGUGAAUCGUUUAUGUCGCAGUUAUGGUGAAAGAAUUAAUCUUGCUACCAACUCUCUCUUUUCUUACAUGAUCAAUGGGCUGAAAGUAGCCUGUUCCUCCUAGGGUAACUAAGUGCUUGUGUGUUUUCUUAUCAUGUAAUAUAUGAUUAGUGUUGGAUUGGCA